AUGUCACGACUUUGUGUUAUAUGUAAAGAAGAACGUGCGAGCGUAAAACGUCCAAAAACAGGAGAAAAGCUAUGCAGAAACUGUUUUUAUCAUAUCUUCGAGACAGAAGUUCACUGCACCAUUACAGAUAACAAACUUUUCAAGAGUGGUGAUAGGGUUGCGAUUGCCGCGUCUGGCGGGAAAGAUUCAACAGUGUUGGCACAUGUCAUGAAAACGCUUAAUGAUCGAUACGAUUAUGGGCUUGAUCUUUUUCUUUUAUCCGUCGAUGAAGGAAUAACGGGAUACCGAGAUGACUCAUUAGAGACGGUCAAACGAAAUCAACAGCAAUACAAUCUUCCGCUGAAAAUUGUCUCGUAUAGUGAGCUAUAUGGUUGGACAAUGGAUGAGAUAGUGAAAGAGGUUGGGCUAAAGAAUAAUUGUACCUUUUGUGGGGUGUUUCGACGCCAAGCACUUGAUCGUGGUGCAGUGAUGCUUAAUAUAGAUCAUAUAGUCACAGGGCAUAAUGCGGAUGAUAUCGCCGAAACUGUGUUGAUGAAUAUACUGAGGGGAGACAUCGCUCGACUCGAACGAUGUACUGAGAUCUGUACAACUGGUGAUGGUCGAAUACGACGGUCGAAGCCUUUUAAAUAUGCAUACGAGAAGGAAAUCGUCAUGUACGCAUACUUCAAAAAAUUAGACUAUUUCUCCACCGAAUGCGUGUACUCGCCAAACUCGUAUCGCGGACACGCGCGAGCAUUUUUGAAGGAUUUGGAGGCGAUACGGCCUAGUGCUAUUAUAGAUAUAAUAUAUUCAGGUGAAGCAUUUCAAAUCAAACAAGAUGUAAAACUCCCGACACAAGGGGCUGAAUCGUGGAUUGCCGAGCGUAAGAUUCAUGGUGAAAUGCCUGAAAACAUUGCAACGAUGUUACAUUUCGAUCAGUUACAGAUUGAAGAAGGGAGCAGGAAAAAUGAAUCAGAUAAAGAUAAAAAGCGGGAGGAGGGGGAGGAAAAAGGGGAAAAGAACGAAUGGUGA